GUGACUCAGUGCUGCUCUCGGGGUUUUUUUUUUCGCUCUCGCAGCGGCAGCUCGGCACCGCCAUCACCGGAAUUCCCCAGCAAAAAUGUCCAAGCAGGAGCAGAUCCUAAUCCUCGAUCCACCAAACGAUCUCAAAUUCAAAGGUCCAUUCACAGAUGUAGUCACUACAAACCUAAAGCUGAAGAACCCCUCAGAGAGAAAAGUAUGUUUCAAAGUGAAGACGACAGCCCCACGCAGAUACUGUGUACGACCAAACAGUGGUGUCAUCGAGCCUGGGUCCAGUGUAACUGUCUCGGUAAUGUUACAGCCUUUUGACUAUGACCCCAAUGAGAAGAGUAAACACAAAUUUAUGGUACAGACAAUCUUCGCACCACCUAAUGUUUCAGACCUGGAGGCAGUGUGGAAAGAUGCAAAACCUGAUGAUCUCAUGGACUCCAAACUGAGGUGCAUCUUUGAACUGCCUUCUGAAAACGAUAAAGUGCACAGUAACACUGGAGAGCAGAGGUCAUUAGCCAGUGGGUUAGUGACCCCCUUAAAGUCCUCCAAGGCCAGUAAGUUCAAUUCAGACAGUGGAGCUCACCGGCCACCAAGGGCCGCCCCAACACCAGGGGGCGCUCACGAGUUUCGCACCCCAUUGAGCGUCAGGCACCUCCUCACCCCCGGCAGUGUUAGCAACAGGAGUGACCUGCAGGGAUUUCUGUUGGCCCCCAGCUCUGAGGUCAAAGUGAGAAGGAUGCAGAAUGACAUUGAUUCAAACAAAGCUGCUCCAGUCCUUAAUGCAUCUAAACAAGAUGGCUCCUCUGUGCCAAAGCCCAGCAGUGCGUCUUUGGAUGACACAGAGAUGAGGAAACUCAUGGAAGAGUGCAAGAGACUCCAGUCCGAGGUGAUGAAAUUCGCAGAUGAAAACCGGCAACUUAAGGAUGAAGGCUUGAGAAUGAGGAAGGUCGCUCGAUCAGACAACAUAGUAUCAAACCCAGGAGGAGUUAUGGGUAGAGACCACGGGUCCAACUCUCUUCCCUCUCUCCUCGUUGUAAUCGCAGCCAUCUUCAUCGGAUUCUUCCUAGGGAAGUUCAUCUUGUAGAGGGAGAAGCAUGCAGACGUGCUCCUUCAGGCCUGGAAAUGUCUUUUCGUCGACCUGCCAUAUCAUUGGUAGUAUGGCCCACGGUGACCAUGUUUGUGUACAGCAUCAUCAGCAGGCCUUGCCUUUAACAAUCUCUCACACGGUUAGUACACACACACUAAAGAAAAACACCAGAUGUUCCUUUUUUGUUUUCAGUUCUUCAGGAGGGGAGGGGGUGGGGGUUAAACAAGUUCUACAUGAUCAGAACAUCAUAGCAGGCGUGUCAAGGUACUGCAUAGAAGCCCUUGAUGAAAACUCGUAAAGAAUUGUUCUCUCUUUCUCUCUGUGGUUUUAAUAAGAGUUGAAUGGAAUGUUAAGUGUCUUGUAAAUGUUAUUUUAAUCCUUUUAAAAAUGACAAAUUUUGCUACCUGUUGCUGGAUUGCCUCUUGAAAUUAAAUUUGUUAGUCCGAUUCGUAAUCCUCCUUUCUUUCGGAAUGUCAAGAGGUCUGCUGGGGAAAUCGGUGCCUCCUAUCUUGUAAAUUUCUCAUUCCUUUCCUGUCCCUGCUGAUAGCAAUGCAGACUUUUAUUAAUAUUUUUUUCUUGCCACAAAAUAUAUAUAUAUAUCCCUUGUGAGGCAAAUGUUGACUGAAAAAAAGCUGUCCAUUCUUACAAUCCUGUCCCAUGGUAUUUAACAUUGAAGAAAUAAAAAAAGAAAAAAGUC